AUGUUAGACCGCGACGACUAUGUGUUCUUCUGGAAGACCAACGAAAAAUACGGUUGGGCAUCGCAAUGGUACUCAUCACCCUUUACCGUAAAAUUGAAGCUUGAAGAAGAAGGCGAGGAGGAGGAGGUGACGUUUGCCUCUGCCGAGCACUGGAUGAUGGUGCAGAAAGCGUUGCUGUUUGGCGACUAUGGCAAGGCGCGUGAGAUCUUGGGUGUAGAGGGGGUAUCGUCGAGUGACAUGGCGCACGUCAAAGCGCUAGGUCGACAAGUGAGCGGGUUCGACGAGGCCAAGUGGGUCGAUGCGCGACAGGACAUCGUGCUACAAGGGAACAUGCACAAAUUCUCGCAGAACGGCGAGUUGCUUGAGAAAUUGAUGUUGACGGGGGAUAAGAAGAUGGUAGAAGCGAGUCCUAGAGAUCGGAUAUGGGGCAUUGGCUUUGGCGAGAAGAACGCGUUGAAUCAACGUGAAAGGUGGGGUUUGAAUUUAUUGGGAAUUGCAUUGGAGGGGACGAGGAGGAAAUUAAAUAAGGGAAGCGUGGGAAAGGAGGGGCAUGAAGCGUAA